CAUCAUGUUUGCCGACAACGAACAGAUUUUUGAUUAAACAACGUGCUGUUUCUAAGCCGGUCAACGGUCAACCCUUUUUUUAAUAAAUACUAUUAAUUAUUUGUAUAGAUUAUUACGUGCAAACAAAUUUUACUUUUCUGUUAUUAAAAUCAGUUUGGAACGUGAAUAUUUUGAGUUUUCAGAAAAACGUGAUUUUACAGGAUGGCUGUUAUUCGAUAUUAUCAAAGAGCUCAACAUUUACCAAACCACGAAUACCAUAAAGUUCAGAAUAUUAAAUCUAAACUAAAAGAUUUAAUUAAUGUUGAAGUUGAAUAUUGUUUUUACAUAGAUAUUGACAAUCAUGUAAAUUUAGCCGACGAAGACUUAAUCAAAUUAGAAUGGUUAUUAUUAGGUUCUUUGGAAAAAGGAGAUCUUAGCAAAAGUAAUUUUCUUAAUGAAAAGAAUCAUAGUAAGCUAAUUGAAAUUGGUCCAAGGUUAAAUUUUUCAACACCAUUUUCUAGUAAUGUGAUGUCUAUUUGUAAAACAAUCAACUUAAAUGGUAUAAAAAGAUUUGAAAAGUCUACUCGUUAUUUAUUACAUUUCUCUAAUAAUCAAGUGUCAAAUACCCAAGCAAUUGAUCUGAUAACUACUGAAUUAUGUGAUCAUAUGACAGAAAUUGUUUACAAAAUGCCAUUAGAAUCUUUUGAAAUUCAAAGUAACAAAGAAAAUUGGUAUGAAGUUGAUGUUCUUAAAAGAGGAAUAGAAGCUAUGGCUGAAGUUAAUGAAAAACUUGGUUUGGCGUUUGACAAAUGUGAUCUUGAAAACUAUACUAAUAUGUUCAUAAAAUCUAAGCGUAACCCAACAACCGUAGAGUGUUUUGAUUUAGCUCAAUCCAAUUCUGAACAUAGUCGUCAUUGGUUUUUUAAGGGUCAAUUAGUUAUAAAUGGAGAACCAAUAAAAACCUCUCUAUUUGAUAUGAUAAUUGACACACAAAAUUUUUCAAAUAAUAAUAAUGUGAUCAAAUUUAGUGACAAUAGCAGUGCCAUUAAAGGAUUUAGCGUAAAAAAUUUCAAGCCAAUAGAAUCAACUGGUCCUAGCCCAUUUAUAGCUGUACAGUCAAACUUACACUUAGUAUUCACGGCUGAAACUCAUAAUUUCCCUACCGGAGUUGAACCAUUUAGUGGAGCUGCAACCGGUACGGGAGGUAGAAUAAGAGACGUGCAAGCUGUUGGAAGAGGUGGCUUUUGUAUUGCUUCAAGUGCAGCAUAUUGUGUUGGCAACUUAUAUAUACCUGGUUAUGAUUUGCCGUGGGAAGAUAAGUCAUUUGUUUAUCCAUCAAAUUUUGCAAAACCCUUAAAAAUACUCAUUGAUGCUUCUAAUGGAGCAUCUGAUUAUGGCAAUAAAUUUGGUGAACCUAUAAUUUGUGGUUUUGUUCGAUCAUUUGGUAUGGUAAUUAAUGAUGAACGUCGUGAAUGGAUUAAGCCCAUAAUGUUUACUGGUGGUCUUGGGACUAUGUUAGCUGAGUAUACUAAAAAGCUUGCUCCAUGUAAGGGUUUGCAAGUUGUGAAAAUUGGUGGUCCGGUGUAUAGAAUUGGAUUAGGUGGAAGUUCAGCUAGUUCUUUCGAAGUUCAAGGAGUUAAUAAAGUCGAUUUGGAGUUUGAAGCUGUACAAAGAGGAGAUCCAGAAAUGGAGCAGAAGAUGAAUCGUGUAAUUAGAGCAUGUAUGGAAAAUUCAAGUCAUAAUCCAAUAUUAAGCAUCCAUGAUCAAGGAGCAGGUGGAAAUGGUAAUGUUUUAAAAGAAAUAGUAGAACCCGCUGGUGCUAUAAUUUAUGCAAAUAAAUUUGAACUUGGAGACCCAACGAUCAAUGCAUUAGAGCUUUGGGGAGCUGAAUAUCAAGAGAAUAAUGCUAUUUUAUGUGAUGAAAAAGACAUAAAGUUGUUGAAAAAAAUAUCUUUACGGGAAAAGUGUUCAGUUUUACCGGUUGGUGUUGUAACUGGUGAUGGAAAAGUGAUUCUUGCUGAAGAUGAGAAAUCUGUUUUUCAAAACGGUAAAUACCCAGUCAAUUUGGAUCUUAGCAUGAUAUCGAACGAAGUUCCUCGUAAAGUGUUUAAACAAAAAUGGCAAUCAUCAACAAAGAGUCCAAUUAAAUUACCCAAGAUCACGGUGAUUGAAGCAUUAGAUAAAGUAUUGAGAUUGCCAUCUGUAGCUAGUAAGAGAUAUUUAACCAAUAAGGUUGACCGUUCUGUUACUGGUAAAAUUGCCCAACAACAAUGUGUUGGUCCAUUGCAUACCCCUCUUAGCGAUAUGGCUGUAACGGUUGUUUCCUUACUUGAUACGGUUGGUAUUGCAACUUCAAUUGGCGAACAACCUAUCAAAGGCUUAAUCAAUUCUGCAGUUGGAGCUAGAAUGGCUGUAGCCGAGUCCUUAACUAAUUUAGUUUUUGCUCCUAUUUCAUGUUUAGAGGAUGUCAAAUGUAGUGGAAAUUGGAUGUGGCCUGCUAAAUUACCAGGAGAAGGAGCAGAAUUGUUUUAUGCUUGUAAAGCCAUGUGCGAUGUAAUGAAACUACUCGGAAUUGCUGUUGAUGGUGGCAAAGAUUCUUUGAGUAUGGCUGCAAAAGUUGGUAACAAUAAUGUCAAAGGACCUGGUUCAAUUGUGAUUUCCACAUAUGCACCUUGUAGCGAUGUAAGACUAGUUGUUACGCCUGAUCUAAAAGGACCAAGACAAAAUCUAAUAAACAAAACAGAAAGCAGUCUCAUUUUUAUCGAUUUAUCUGGUGGUAAUAAACGACUUGGGGGAUCAGCCCUGGCUCAAUGUUACGGACAACUUGGCGACAUUGCACCUGAUUUAGAUUAUCCAAAUAUGUUAAAAAAUGCUUUUCAAGAUAUUCAAAAGUUAAUUAAAAGUAAAAAAUUAUUGUCCGGUCAUGAUAUAAGCGAUGGAGGAUUAAUAACUUGUGUUCUGGAAAUGGCUUUUGCUGGAUUUAGUGGAUUCCAAAUCGAUUUAAAUAAAAUAAAGAAUACAAUAAAUGUCAAUGAUAUUGACAUUUUGUUUGCCGAAGAAUGCGGUUGGAUAGUAGAAGUUGAAAAUCAGUUUGUAGAAGAAGUUUUAUCAAUUAUCAGAGUACCUGCCUAUGUAAUUGGGCAUACUUCUACAUAUGGCAAUGAAUCUCGUGUUAUUAUAAAAAACAAUAAACAAAUUAUUUUGGACCAAAAACUAAUUUACUUGUUUAAAAUGUGGGAAAAUACAAGUUUUGAGUUGGAAAAAUUGCAGUCUAACAAACAUACUGCUAAACAAGAAUAUGAUAUAUUAUCGAAUAGAUUAGGAUCAGUUUAUUCAUCAAACUUUAUUAUAUCCCAUUCAAAUAAAUUGCCAAGUGCUAGUCCGAAGGUGGCCGUCCUACGAGAAGAAGGUACUAAUGGUGAUCGCGAAAUGAGUGCUGCAUUCUUUAUAGCUGGAUUUGAAGUAUGGGAUAUCACUGUUCAAGAUCUCAUAAACAAUGCAGUUAACAUCGAUCAAUUUAGAGGAUUAAUAUUUCCAGGGGGAUUUAGCUAUGGAGAUGUAUUGGGUUCAGCUAAAGGAUGGGCCGCUAGUCUCACAUUUAAUGCUAAUGCUAAAAAAAGUUUAGAACAUUUCAUUGCUAAAAAAAAUACUUUUAGUCUUGGUGUUUGUAAUGGUUGUCAGCUGAUGUGUAGUCUUGGAUUAGUUGGUGACAUUAAUGCGAGUAAUUCCUUAAAUAUUGAAUCUCCUUCUGUAGUUCUAGCUCCGAAUAAGUCUGGAAGAUUUGAAAGUCGUUUUAGUUCUGUUAAAAUAAAUCCUUCUAAUGCUUUAAUGUUAAAAAAUAUGGAAGGAAGUAUUCUUGGUGUAUGGGUUGCACACGCUGAAGGUCGUUUUCAAUUCCAAAAUAAAAACAUUGCAGAGUCUUUAAUUAUGAAUAAUUGUACUCCUAUAACUUAUGUUGACGAUGAAUACUUACCGACAGAGCAGUAUCCAAUGAAUCCCAAUGGUACUUUUGGUGGAAUAGCUAGUAUAUGCUCAACUGAUGGCAGACAUUUGGCAAUAAUGCCUCAUCCAGAGCGUAGCAUAUUUACAUGGCAAUGGCCAUAUACAUUUGGAUUAAAUCUAUCUGAAGAACAUAACUAUGCUCCUUGGAUGCAGAUGUUUUUUAAUGCUUACAAGUGGUGUUUGGAAAAUUAAACUAACACAAAUAAACCUUAUUUCAAACCCUGUACUUUUUUGGACAAUAUUGUUAAAAAUACAAACUAGACACUGUAUAGAUAUUACAAUACUCCAUUCAAUUACAAUUUAUAUACCUACUGUUAAUGUUAUUUUUCAAUAUAUUUUAUAUGUUAUAUUCUACUUUAGAUCAUUAAUUACUUAUUAUAUAAAGAACAAUUCGAGAAAUAAUUAUUUGUA